AUCUGACAAAUUAAAAGUCAAAACAUUGGAAUCGCCGUUGCCGGCUAACGCUUUAUUUUACCAAAACUUCAAUUAAAAAUAAGCAAAAAUACCUCUAUUCAUGUAAAAAUUGGCAAAUAAAAAUGGAUGAAGAUCAGCAGCAGGCUUUAGUAAGAAAUUUCGAUUCAAUAAAAGAUGUUCCUGAAACCCUACUUUCAUACGUCGAUAAGUUUGUGAAAAUCCAGGUUAUAAAAAACAGGUGUUUUACGGGCUUUCUGCAUUCUAUUGAUCCUAUUAGUCUCAGUGUUAUCCUCUCAGUACCACAUGAAGGAAGUUACCGAACCACUGUCAUACCUGGGCAUGCAGUACAAGACAUAGAAGAGGAAACCUCAAGUGAUGAUAUCAAGCCACCUACUCGGAAACCCGUAACAGAACCAACAGAAUCUGACAAAAUCCAGAGGAAAGCUCAGCUGAUAGCCUGGUUUAAAAAGAAUUUGUUGCCUUUAACAGAAAAUGGAGAUGAUUUAAUAAUUGGGAAUGUUAGUGUGCUGCCGCCAUAUGGUGUGAAAGACAUUUCUGCUGAAAACCCAGUGGUUUUUAUGCAGAUUAGAAAACUCAUGGAAUCAAUGCCUCCUAACUUUCAAGCUUAACAUAUUACUUUGUAUAGGUAUAAUUGUUUGUAUAUAGAUAAUAUUGAUAUUUUGAAGUGAAUUUUAUUGAAUUAUAGAUAAAAUAACAUCUGUUUAGUGUUUACAUUAUGCUGUCAUGCCUAUCAUGCUUAGCUAAUCUACUAUACUAAAUAUAGUGCAUGUGAAAAAUAGAUUAAAUGUGUUAUACUUUUCACAUUAGACUGUUGAAUUAUGAUUGUUAUAUCAGUGGUUUGAAUAGGUAAACUUAGUUUACUGGCUUAAACUUAAUAAAACAGAGACAAGAAUUGGAGACUUCCUUGUAACUAUAUUUGGUCCAGGACUUAACUCCCGGAAAUUAACGGGUUAAACCUGGAGUUACCAUGGUUACCAGUACAAUUUGACACUGGGCUAACGGUUUAACCGGGUAACCCUGGGUUAGUGGGAUGGAGCAAGUGGCGAUAAGUAAAUUAUAAUGUUAUAAAUGAAGUGAAAAUAAUGCAUUUUUUGUUUUUGUCCAACACAAUCACUAGGUUCAGAAUAAAACUACCAA